AUGUCGGGCUACCAGCAAGGCCAUUAUGAUGAUGGCUACGGCCACCCGGCAGGUCAUGGCGACUCCUACUAUCAGGAUGAGCACCAACAGGGGUACUAUGACAACCAGGAAUAUGGCGAUGGCUAUUACGACCACGGCGGGAACGCUCAAGGUCAACACUACGCCCAGGAUGCCGGUGGUCAUGGGUAUGCCGAUGGCGGAUACUAUGACGCCGGUCACCAGCAGGAUGAGUACUACGCUGACCAGUACUAUGAUGCGGGCCAGGCCGGCUAUGGCCGGGGACGACGUGGCCAUGAUUCCGAAGAGGAUUCCGAGACCUUUAGCGAUUUCACCAUGAGGUCGGAAACGGCCCGUGCUGCUGAUAUGGACUAUUAUGGCCGCGGAGAUGAGCGUUAUAAUAGCUACACCGACAGCCAGUAUGGCCGUGGUGGCUAUGGCUAUCGCCCGCCCUCCUCCCAGGUCUCUUACGGUGGUAACCGGUCAUCGGGUGCAUCCACCCCGGUCUAUGGUAUGGACUAUGGAAACGCGUUGCCGGCUGGCCAGCGUUCGCGGGAACCCUACCCUGCCUGGACCUCGGAUGCCCAGAUUCCACUAUCCAAGGAGGAGCUAGAGGACAUUUUCCUCGACCUGGUAAACAAGUUCGGUUUCCAGCGGGAUAGCAUGCGGAACAUGUACGACCAUAUGAUGACCCUGCUUGACUCGAGGGCGUCCCGUAUGACUCCCAACCAGGCUUUGCUCUCCUUGCACGCUGACUACAUUGGUGGCCACAAUGCCAACUACCGCCGCUGGUACUUUGCGGCCCACCUUGACCUUGAUGACGCAGUUGGAUUUGCAAACAUGAAGUUGGGCAAGGCGGAUCGCAAGACCCGGAAGGCUCGCAAGGCUGCCAAGAAGGCUGCCCAGCAGAACCCCGAGAACGAGGAGGAGACUCUUGAGGCCCUGGAGGGUGACAACAGCCUGGAGGCUGCAGAAUACCGAUGGAAGUCUCGCAUGAACCGCAUGUCUCAGCAUGAUCGUGCGCGGCAAAUCGCACUGUAUCUGCUCAUUUGGGGUGAAGCAAACCAGGUUCGCUUUUUGCCUGAGUGUAUCUGUUUCAUUUUCAAGUGCGCCGACGACUACUAUGUCUCCCCCGAAUGCCAAAAUCGCACAGAGCCUUUCUGCCGUGACCAAGGUUACGAGAUCUCCGACGGCAAGUAUGUCCGCCGCGAGCGUGACCACAACCAAAUUAUCGGUUAUGACGACAUGAACCAGCUCUUUUGGUACCCCGAAGGCAUUGAGCGCAUCAGCUUUGAGGAUAAGACCCGGCUAGUAGAUAUUCCCCCUGCCCAGCGUUGGCCAAAGCUGAAGGAUGUCCUGUGGAAGAAGGCGUUCUUCAAGACCUACAAAGAGACACGUUCUUGGUUCCACAUGGUUACCAACUUCAACCGUAUUUGGGUGAUUCACUUGUGCUCUUUCUGGUUCUUCACUGCUUACAACGCCCCGACUCUGUAUACUCCCAACUACCAGCAGCAAUGGGACAACAAGCCCUCCACCGCCAAGUACUUGGCUGCUGUUGGUUUUGGUGGUGCACUUGCUGCCUUCAUUCAAAUCUUCGCGACCAUUUGCGAGUGGUUGUAUGUUCCACGUCGCUGGGCUGGUGCUCAGCAUCUGCGCAAGCGUUUCUUCUUCCUUCUCGCCGUCUUCGUCGUCAACCUCGUUCCCGGUGUUAUUAUUUUCGGCUUUCUGUCUGACCUCGGAAGCGAGAGUGUUCAAAAGCCGGUUGGCCUUGCCCUUGGUAUCGUUCACUUCGUCAUUGCCCUUCUUACUGCCACAUUCUUCGCAAUUCAGCCUUUGGGUGCGCUGUUUGGUAGCUACAUGAAGAAGAAUGGUCGUCAGUAUGUGGCCAGCCAGACUUUCACAGCAAGUUUCCCUCGUCUUCAGGGCAAUGACAUGUGGAUGUCGUACGGCCUAUGGGUUUGCGUUUUCGGUGCCAAGCUUGCAGAGUCUUACUUCUUCCUGACUCUGUCGUUCAAGGAUCCUAUCCGCAUCUUGUCUCCCAUGACAAUCUACGAGUGCACUGGUGUUAAAUACGUGGGCAACAUUUUGUGCCACAAGCAACCUCAGAUUCUCCUCGGUCUCAUGUUUUUCAUGGACUUGACGCUGUUCUUCCUUGACAGUUAUCUGUGGUACAUUAUCUGCAACACCAUCUUCUCGGUGGCCCGCUCGUUUUAUCUUGGUGUCUCGAUUUGGUCUCCGUGGAGAAACAUCUUCUCCCGUCUUCCCAAGCGUAUCUACUCCAAGGUCCUCGCAACCACCGACAUGGAAAUCAAGUACAAGCCUAAGGUCCUCAUUUCUCAGGUGUGGAAUGCCAUCAUCAUUUCCAUGUACCGUGAGCACCUGCUUGCCAUCGACCAUGUGCAGAAGCUCCUCUACCACCAGGUUCCCUCCGAGCAGGAAGGCAAGCGCACUUUACGUGCGCCUACUUUCUUCGUCUCACAAGAAGAUCAGUCUUUCAAGACGGAGUUUUUCCCUGCUGGCAGCGAGGCUGAACGCCGUAUCUCCUUCUUCGCCCAGUCUCUGUCCACUCCCAUGCCUGAGCCUCUGCCGGUGGAUAACAUGCCCACUUUCAGUGUUCUGAUUCCUCACUACGGUGAGAAGAUUCUCCUGUCUCUUCGAGAAAUCAUUCGUGAGGACGAGCCCUACUCCCGUGUUACCCUGCUGGAAUAUCUGAAGCAACUCCACCCUCAUGAGUGGGAUUGUUUCGUCAAGGACACCAAGAUUCUGGCGGACGAGACCUCUCAAUUCAAUGGCGAAUAUGGCGAGAAAGGAGAGAAGGAUGCUGCCAAGAGCAAGAUCGAUGAUCUUCCUUUCUACUGCAUUGGUUUCAAGUCUGCUGCUCCCGAGUACACCCUCCGUACCCGUAUCUGGGCUUCGCUUCGUUCCCAGACUCUUUACCGUACCGUCUCUGGCUUCAUGAACUAUAGUCGUGCCAUCAAGCUUCUGUACCGUGUUGAGAACCCUGAAGUUGUUCAGAUGUUUGGUGGAAACUCCGAAAAGCUCGAACGUGAGCUCGAACGCAUGGCCCGCCGCAAGUUCCGUAUUUGUGUCUCUAUGCAGCGUUACGCGAAGUUCAACAAGGACGAGCGUGAGAACACUGAGUUCCUUCUCCGCGCCUACCCUGACCUCCAAAUUGCGUAUCUUGAUGAGGAGGCCCCAGAGAACGAGGGUGAUGAGCCUCGCCUAUACUCUUCUUUGAUUGACGGUCACUGUGAACUCCUGGAGAACGGCAUGCGCAAGCCCAAGUUCCGCAUUCAGCUGUCCGGUAACCCCAUCCUCGGUGACGGAAAAUCCGACAACCAGAACCACUCCAUCAUCUUCUACCGCGGUGAAUACAUUCAACUUAUUGAUGCCAACCAAGACAACUAUCUCGAAGAGUGCUUGAAGAUCCGCAGUGUAUUGGCUGAGUUUGAAGAGCUGACCACUGACAAUGUUUCGCCUUACACGCCUGGUAUUCCCUCGCCUGAGUCCAAUCCAGUUGCCAUUCUCGGUGCCCGUGAAUACAUUUUCUCUGAGAACAUUGGCAUGCUCGGUGACGUUGCGGCCUCGAAGGAACAAACAUUCGGUACUCUGUUCGCCCGUACUCUGGCUCAGAUCGGCGGUAAGCUGCAUUAUGGUCACCCUGAUUUCCUGAAUGCUACCUUCAUGACCACACGUGGUGGUGUGUCCAAGGCCCAGAAGGGUCUCCACCUGAACGAGGAUAUCUAUGCCGGUAUGAACGCUAUUCUCCGAGGUGGUCGCAUCAAGCACUGUGAAUACUUCCAGUGUGGUAAGGGUCGUGAUUUGGGUUUCGGUUCCAUUUUGAACUUCACUACCAAGAUUGGUACCGGUAUGGGUGAGCAGAUGCUUUCUCGUGAAUACUAUUACCUCGGUACCCAACUGCCUCUCGACCGCUUCUUGUCUUUCUACUACGCCCAUCCCGGUUUCCACUUGAACAACAUGUUCAUUAUGCUUUCUGUGCAGAUGUUCAUGAUUGUGUUGAUCAACUUGGGUGCUCUGAAGCACGAGACUAUCAUUUGUCGCUACAACUCUGACCUGCCCAUCACGGAUCCCCUCCUGCCAACCUACUGUGCUGAUCUUCAUCCAAUCAUUAACUGGGUCAACCGUUGUGUUAUCUCGAUUUUCAUCGUGUUCUUCAUCUCGUUGGUUCCCCUCGCCGUCCAGGAACUGACUGAGCGUGGUGUCUGGCGUAUGGCCACCCGUCUGGCGAAGCACUUUGGUUCCUUCUCCUUCAUGUUUGAGGUGUUCGUUUGCCAGAUUUACGCCCACGCUGUGCACCAGAACCUGUCAUUAGGUGGCGCCCGCUAUAUUGGUACUGGUCGUGGUUUCGCAACUGCCCGUAUUCCCUUUGGUGUUCUGUAUUCCCGUUUCGCCGCACCCUCGAUCUAUGCUGGUGCUCGUCUGCUUCUGAUGCUGCUGUUCGCCACGAGUACUGUGUGGACUCCCGCUUUAAUUUGGUUCUGGGUUUCCUUGCUUGCCCUGAUCAUCUCUCCCUUCCUCUUCAACCCCCACCAGUUCGCCUGGAAUGACUUCUUCAUUGACUACCGGGAUUACCUCCGCUGGCUCUCGCGUGGUAACUCUCGGUCUCACGCCUCCUCUUGGAUUGGAUUCUGCCGUCUUUCUCGUACUCGCAUCACUGGUUAUAAGAAGAAGCUUCUCGGUGUUCCCUCAGAGAAGGGAUCCGGAGAUGUGCCCCGUGCUCGCAUUACCAACAUUUUCUUCAGUGAAAUCGUCGCCCCUCUGGUUGUGGUCGCUGUGACUUUCAUCCCGUACCUGUACAUCAACUCUCGAACUAUGUUCAGCAACGACGAUAAGUAUGCCGCGGACGCCAUUGCGCGCAUUGCCCUCGUCGCAUUUGCACCGAUUGGUAUCAACGCUGGUGUCGCUGGUAUGUUCUUCGGUAUGGCUUGUUGUAUGGGUCCUAUCUUCAGCCUGUGCUGCAAGAAGUUCGGUGCAGUUCUGGCCGCCAUCGCCCACGCCAUUGCUGUUAUUGUCCUCAUUGUCUUCUUCGAGGUUCUGUUUGUCCUCGAGUCCUUCAACUGGGCUCGUACUGUGUCCGGCAUGAUUGCAAUGAUGGCUCUCCAGCGUUUUAUCUACAAGCUCAUCAUCGCCUUGGCUCUGACUCGUGAAUUCAAACAUGAUCAGUCCAACAUCGCUUGGUGGACUGGAAAAUGGUACAACAUGGGCUGGCAUUCGCUGUCCCAACCAGGUCGUGAGUUCCUUUGCAAGAUCACCGAAUUGGGAUACUUCGCGGGCGACUUCGUUCUUGGCCACUUCAUCCUCUUUUUCAUGCUUCCUUUCCUCGCAGUUCCCUAUGCCGACAAGUUCCACUCGGUUCUACUCUUCUGGCUCCGUCCCAGUCGUCAAAUUCGUCCUCCGAUCUACUCUCUCAAGCAGUCCAAGCUGCGCAAGAGACGUGUGAUCCGUUUUGCCAUUCUCUACUUCGUCAUGCUCGUUCUUUUCAUUGUACUGAUCGCGGCACCGAUCAUCGUGCGCAACAUGGAUCUCGACGAGGGAAUCCGGAAAACGCUCUACGAUGCCAUUGGUGUGAAGCAGGGCAACAGCAUGUAUCUUCUGCAACCCCUUGACCACGGCCUGAACGAUACCAAGUCCUACUACACUGGUAGUCACUUGCCUCAAGGCUACUCAACUCAUGCUGCUGUCACACCCACUGGCGGCUCAUACAACUUCUUCCGUAUGUUCUGA